AUGUCCAAUCGUGGUGGUGGCUUCAAUCCUAACCGAGGUCGAGGUUACAAUGGUGGAGCUGGCCGUGGCAAUGGUGGUGGACGGUGGAACGGCGGUGGAGGUAACUUUGGUCCUGGCCGUGGAAAUAAUUUUUUUGAAGGAAGUUCUAGUGGUACUGCCGGUCAGGGGGAUGGGAAUAGGGAUUCAGAAUACCGUGGUGGAGGUUUUGAUGGUGUAUUUCGUGCUGGUUAUGGGAACUCAGAGGGAGAUAGAGGAAGAUCUAACUAUGGGCAGGGGUAUAAUCGGACUGCAGACCGUCGCCCAUAUGCUGGCCAAGGGAAUUUUGCAUAUCGGAUGACUAAUACUGGAACUGGAGCUCGUGAUACUAGGCUGGAUAGUGCCAGGCCAGCAAGUUUCGAGUCACAUGUUCAAGGUUUGUCGGCUGAACAAGUUCUGUUGGUGAAAGAGGCUGCGAAUGCUUUUGCGAAGCAAUUGGCAGGUUUAUCUAAUGGCAGCCAAGGGGCUGCGCAAAAGUCCACUGCUCCUUCGGUUGUGCAACCGGUGGCUGCGCUGGGACGUCAGACACAGGGGGUGCAAAGAGCUGAAGCUACCCUUUUGGCUGUUGCUGGGAUCAGUACAUAG